GAACUUGAACGGUUCCCAAGUGUCGAGUUUCUUUCUUUGCCUCCCGUCGGAUGCUGUUUGGGCCCAGCUGCCCGACUGACUAAGCAGCACACCAACCAUCGCAGCCUGACAAACCUUGCAUCGCACGGGACUUUCUGGAAUAACCCCCUCACCCCAACUUUCCUCUCCUCCUGCAUCUCCCAACCAUCAACCCGCGCCGUAACCCCCCGCAGCGACAGGCAGAGCAGCCACUCUCUCCCCUUCUGCCCCCUACCUCCCUCUCUCCAUACUAUUACCACCGCCUACCAUCAUUCACCUCAAGUCACCUCAAGUCAUCUCCUGAUCCGUACCUCCUUUCUUAAUUUUCCCGGGAAGAAUCCAUUCCUCGCGUCGCUCCUUUUCCGAUCGACUCUCUUGACCUUCACCACACAUCCUCACGCGUGCACUACAUCCACCCAUCAUCCGUCGUCAUCGUCCUCGAACCUUUGUUACCCUUUUCCUGACUUGUGGAUUUGAUACUUUGACUUUCCUAUCCUCCUGGUAAAUAAGCAAUAGGAAAAAGUCUGACCCGACUCCCGCUUAAAAAUAUAACAUCCCUCUGCCGGCCAUUGUCUGCUUUGUGCACGCAGUAAUCUACCGUACACCCCUCCUACCGGUUUGCUAGACGGAGGUUUCAUCGAGUAGAGGGAGAACCAGAGAGAGAGAGAGAGAUACACACAAUACACGUACAGUACAGGAUAUCAAGGAGAGGGAGAGACAAACAGACCUAAAGCAAAGGGGAAUUUUCAAAGGAAAUUAGUCGCGCGACAGCUUUUUUUUGAGGCUCUCGUUUGAAAAGCAAUCAAUCGUACGCGUCAUCCAUCGUCAACAUUACUGAGUCCCGGGGGGCCUUUUCUCUCCCUUCCCCUUUACACAUUCAUCCCCUUCCUCAUCUCUCCCCCCGCGAGUAAUCUGCAUACGAGAGUUCCAAGAUCAUCGAAUCCAUAAUGUCUGCGGUGGUGACUGAGCUGGAGAAUGCUCUCCAAGCCAUGCAGGCUACAAAGGCACCCGGUGUAUCGGGUACGAAAAUCAAUCAAAUUACAGAACUAAGCUUAAGAAAUGUCCAGGUACUUUUUCCUAUUGUUUUUAACGGCAGAUCAUCACAUCUCUCACAAAAAAAGUAGAUUUGCGUUGUAGAAGCGAAUAUUCGGUUGCUGACAUUCGUUAUCAUAUCUCUCUAGUCUGAAUCAGUCAUCAUUCAAAAGGUCUACACGCACUUUAAGAAGUGCCCUGGAACACAUAAACUAGGCCCUCUCUACGUCGUAGACUCUAUCGCCCGGAAGUAUCUUGAACAGGCAAAGAGGCUGCAUGAGCCAGUAUCUCAUGCCGCACCUGAUGGUACAUUUGGCGCUGGGGUGCAUAGAAUCACCAAUUUGCUGCCCGCGUUAAUGAAUGAUAUUCUACAAAAUGCUCCUCCAGAUGAGAAUAAGGUACGCUAUCUUCCAACGAAGAAUUUGAAGAACGAAAGAGGGGCAUUAUCCCAAAAGUAGUCCUCAGCUGGAUGAAAUAACGGUCUAUCAUGUUCCUCUCCUACUCCCCCCUUGGCCAUCGAGCCGUUGUAUCAAUCAGUUCUUGACAACGCGGAUAAAAUACCCCCCGUUCCACAUUACUAUUAUCAUUGCUUUCUCCCUUCACCGCUUUGAAGACCACAGCGCCUGCUUGCAUAAGUGUAGAGGCAUCCGACUUACAUAGAGAUUGUGUGUGUUCUAGGAUAAGAUAGAUAAACUGGUAACGAUUUGGGAGCGCAGUUCCACGUUCCCUCCCGAGGUUUUGGCGGAUAUAAAGCAGAGGAUCACUGCGAGUCCCAUGUCAAUUGUCCUGAGUAAGCUCAUAUUUCCCCCAACAGGCGGCCCCUGGCCAUUUUCUGUAUCUCUCGGAAGAAGUUCGUAUGAAAUUGAUGGUUUCCUUCCCCGGCUUAUUUGUAGAUGCUCGCUCGACAACUCCUACCGGCUCACCGCCACCUCAUCUACAGUCCCUUGCCGGUCAGAUACAGAACCUCCCCGUGUACCAACCACCGCAGGCUCACCAGACCCCACAACCCGUGAUCCCAAAUGCGCAGUCGCAAAAUGCGUCGGCUACAGCUGGUAUAUUACAGGCUCUGGCCCAAAUGGCCAAGCAGAAUAAGACUGCUAUGCCGUCGCAGGCUCCUUCUCAGCAGCAGACACCGACCCCGGCCCCACAGUAUAGCGCGCCGACCCCUCAACCGCAACCCAGUGGGAUGCCCAAUCUAUCCCAAAAUGCAAGUUCGCUCGUUGUAUCGCAGCCUCAACAGGGUCAAGUUCCCAUGGCUCAAAUGCCGUACACCUCUGCUCCCCCUAGUCAAAACCCAAAUGCUGGUGCUAUUCCGAUGAUGGGAAAUCAAUUGGGUGGGAUGUUCUUGGGGCAGCCUGGUCAGGGGCAGUUUCCCAAUUUCCCCCCGCAGCCCCCCCCCCCACCGCCUAUGCCUCAACAAGGUGCUGCGCCUGCGGGGAUAGAACAGAUGGCACUUUUGCAGUUGCUUCUCCAACAUGGAGGAGUGAACCUCCCUCAACUGACGCAAUCAUUUGGAAACUUAGCUUCCGGGCAAGGCGGCCCUGGCGCCGACCUAGGUGCCGUUCUGCCAGCAUGGACACAAAUAAUGAGUGCUGCCCAAGGACAAAACCAGCAAGAUCCCCCUAGAGGUAAUGAUGACGGGUAUGGUAGAGGCCAGAGGAGUCGUGAACAUUAUUCCCCCCCGUCCCGCUCCCCGCCACGCUAUGGCAGAGACACGAGGCGCGGAAGGUCUCGUUCUAGAUCGCCAAACAGAUUUGAUCGUGGCGGCGGCGGAGGCGGCGGUGGUGGUGGCGCUGGCGGUGGUCGCUCACCACCAGCUUUCAGGCGCCGCAGUCCGGUGUAUGGUGAAUAUGAAGGCAAUGAUUCUCGUGGCCGUGAAGGUGAGCGUAAUCGCGGCGGCAGAGGUCGUGGCGGUGGGGGAUUCGGACGCAGGGGAGGAUCCCCUCGCGGUCGCAGGGAUCGUAGCAGAACCCCGCCCAGAUUCGCAAAUGGGAAGGGCCAAGCCGAACGUAAUGUUACUCCUACCGCGUUACCCAAGUUUCCCAAACAUGUCGAAUUUGACCCCACGAUCGGGCCGAAUAAUAUUAAAGGUAGGCUGAUAUCGAGGAAUAUUCCUUUCUCGCUUAUUGGAAGCUCCCAUUUUUUGUCUACAUCCUAUUUGCUAAUAUAUCGCUGCAGUGCUCAGCAGAACCUUGUUUGUAGGCGGUGUAACGUAAGUUGAGACAAAAGAAAAAGAAAAACACAUAUCCCGUGUUAUAUGUAUAUGUUGAACUAAUGUUGAGUAGCAUCUCCGACGAUGAGCUCCGAAAACUCUUUGAGAAGCAUGGAUACGUGCAAUCUUGUAUAGUCAAUCAAGAGAAACGGCACGCUUUUAUCAAGAUGCUUACCCGCCAGGACGCUGUCAAGGCCCGCCAGGGAAUGGAGACAUACAGAGCCGACAACAUGACCAUAAGGGUAGGUUAACCUACUUGCCCCACCUUUUAUUCACCCAUAUGAGAGAUAGCUCAAGGCUGACUAUUUCCUUCUACAGACCAGAUGGGGAGUCGGCUACGGCCCUCGUGACUGCAGCGACUACCAAACGGGUAUCAGCGUCAUCCCAAUCGACCGUCUGACUGAUGCGGAUCAGAGAUGGAUGGUUUCAGCAGAAUAUGGCGGCACCGGAGGCCGACCUCUCGAAGGGGGCAUGUGUGUGGAAGAGCCCGACAUUGAAAUAGGCCAAGGUGUGUCCUCGAAAGGUAACUACCCUCCGAAUAGCCACAGCCAUAACCUGCAGCGGAAAAAACGGGGGUGGAAGAAGAACAACCAUAACUUACACGGAUGUGUACCCAUAGCCAUAUCCAAACGCUUCCCCACUGACUCUGGUGGAGCCAAAGGGCCUCGUUCCUCACACGACAACACCAACAGCAGCGCCAGCAACAACACCGGCGGCAGCAGCACCACCCAGCGUGACCCCCCUCGUACUAAGCGCAACGAUUAUAGCGAACUUCACGAUCGUACCGGUCGCGACAGCAAUAUCGGCGUGGCACCCCCAACCCCAGGCUUCGGCACAGGUCUUCCGUUCCCAAUGGGAAUGAUGCCGCCAAAUAUGCCUCCCGGGUAUCAGUAUCCUGGUUUUCCCAACCAGAGGUAGUGGGAUGGAGCGGAUCGGCUUGGAAGUGUUUCUUUUUUCCUUUCAAAAAAAAAAAGGGAAAGCGGAGAAAAAAGUAGUUUGUGAUGUUGGGGUUAGUUGGCUAGCUGAGGUGGGCUGGAGGGGAAGGGUGUGGGGGUUAAUGGUAUUAUGGUUUUUCCGGAUGGAGAGCAGAAGCUUGACUUGACCUUGAACUUGAUUUUAGUUUUAGUUCUUCUAGUACUCUUUUUUUUUUCUUUCUUUCUCUUCCCCCACUACUGCUGCUAUUGUUACUCUCCUUUUUUUUUCCCUGCUUGUUCCUUUUUUCAAAUAUUCUUUUGUGACAAUUUUUUUUACCUCUUUCCUUCUCUCCUUUCCUUUUUCACUUCUAGCGAUGGUCGUCGGUGGAAGCAAGUAAGGUGCGAAUUGAAUCGAAUUGAAUUGGAAAAAGCGCUGAAUGAGAGGGUUCAAUUGAGUUUGGCUGAGUCGAACAGAUACAUAACGCUGUGAUGGCCACAGUGCACGUGUCGCCGGAAUGAAGUGGCUCCCUUUUUGGUGGUGAUGCACCCAAAAAAUGCGACUUUGAUCCGGCGACAUGAGUACGAAUGACACUGGUUGAGGGGGCGAGAGUGGGUAAUGCAGUAUUCCCAUCCCCCCUAACAUGGUCGAACAUACGACGCUCUUCCUUUCCACAUCCUUUCUUUUCCGUUCCAUCGAGUUGGAAUCAUAGCACUGCAUAUUACCCCCUCCUUUCCUUUCCUUCUUCCUUUUUACUCUAGGGGUUCCUUUUCUCUUCUCUCUUCAAACUCUAUCCGUCUAUCUGUCAAACCACCUAUCACCAAUCUAUCCAUUUAUAUAGCCCUUGUACAGUACAUGGGUGGAUCAUAGUCGGUCGGGCGGCACACUGUACGGUACCCGUGAAAAUAUAUCAUGCCAAAAUGAGCGAAAUUCCACUCUAGGAAAAUUCCAGCCGUGUGUAUCCAGGAACUCGGUGAAUCAGCACAAGUACUCGAGUACACGUCCCUCCCCUCCCGGUACAGUACCCCCAAUCGAUCAUGAGCCGUCCAUUGCGCAAGCAGGAGAAGCUCAAGGUGUCGCAACAUUCGCGCCAAGCCCUGAUUUUGCACGGACGCCCACAGAAAAUUACACUAUCGGAAAUUUACAGUUUUCACAGGCGAACCACCCAGCAACACAAGACACUCAUCUAGCUGAAACUCAGGCAUUAUGAAGCCCGCACGACGGCCUAAUAUAUAUAACUAGUUGAAGCGGACACGGCGUUACCACAGGGCAGGGAAAAUGGUCACUUUGGCAUGAGUAGGACCCUGACGACGAUUCCUGCAGCUUACCAGGGCACGAAUAUUAGGGCAGUCUAUCAUACGAACCCUCAACACUGUGCAACGCCGGGUCGUGCUUCUUCCAUAAUUUCCCACUUAUGAUACUUGUCACUCCUCCUCCUCCUAUGAUACCCGGCGCGGCGUGGCGCGGCACGGUACGGUAUUCCCACCGUUUCCAAUCCCGCUAUCGGUACACCAGACGACACCGUACGAUUCCAUCAACACCAUCUUGGAAAUAGGCCGGCGGAAAGGCGAUAGAUGGGAUGCGCGCCAAGGUAUAUACGGGGAUUGAAUCCCCCACUUGUUAAGUUACUGCGGAAUACCCGUUAGUUUGAUGGAGAAGUUAUGCUGCCAAGUGGACAAACUCCCUGGUCUACAGCUGAACAUCUCCGAAUAACCACGGAUCUUUAUUAUUUCGGUCGACUUUCCUUCCUCGCUUGGGUAGGUCUUGCUUAUACUCGGGUAUGGUUCGUAUGAACAAACUUGUACUAGUACUCUUUGAUAUUGUGGAGUACCGGUAUCUCAUCUUGCCCUGCUGGCGUUGACUAUGGCUCCUUGGUGAUGAGCAUGACGGUGGUGGCUCUCCGGUCGAAUGAUAUCACAAUAACAAUCGGAAUCACGAUACUCGUAUCGACUGUGAAUUGCCGGUAAGUUACUUCCUUCUCGAGUCGACUGACCAACCGCCCCAGCACAGUACUUACUAGUACAACACAGGACAAUUUGAAGCUAAACUGAUACGAUACUUUCCAUGAUACAUGUACCCGUAGUCGUACAGUACAGCAUCAACAACACGGCACGUCUCCAGGCACCAUACCAGCAGAGCAGUCCGACAUAAUAAAGAGGACAUAGCCCCGUCCAAGACACCGGAAAUUUCAAAAGAUACGGCAUCAGAAAGUAUGAUGCAGGUACCAGAACAUCGGCGCCAAGGAUCGGGACUUUAGGAGGCCUUGGCAUAGGAAUGAUACUGAUGAAACGGGUGAAACACCCGUUUAUGUGCCGUACUGCCAAGAAAUUGUGCGAGGCAUCAGAUGGACCCUUUUUUAAAAGAAAAAGGAAAAAAGAAAAAAAAAAGGAGGAAGAAAAGGAAAGACGGAUUUGCGAGGUAGGGCGGCGUGUAGUGGACCAACUCGCGAGUUCUGUGCUAUGCUACACCAUACCAGGCCCCCGAGCGGACAUUUACCGCAAGAUUCACUUCGAGGUUGAGCUGUUGAAACCGCCUACGGUAUUUCUGGCCCUCUACACCUGUCCCCGCGCCAAAGAUCGGUACCCUUUCCGGAAUAACUGCCGGUAUGAUACUCCCUGCGCAGGCCCGUGGAACGGGCGGGCGGGUGCCAAUUCUUGGCUCGGAGACAGGAGGAUCUGCGCGGGCAUUAUGCCAAUAUGUACGAGCACGAGUACCGUCUCUACAGGUACUAAGAGGUCACAUGGUUUUGAGAUUUUAGGGACCGAACAGCAAGAUUUCUUCUAGGUGCUACUAGAAUUACCGUACCUUCCAACGCAAUAAAGUAAACCAUUGCAACACUUGGUGAUUGCGUUACCGAAAACCAUCGGUGGGGGAAAGCCAAGCCUACAGUGUCAAUGGAAAUUACCUCGAUCCCCCAGGGUGCCCGUGUCUCGGAGCCAAGCACUUAUAGACAUCCGGUUGCCCCUUCCAUGGGCUUGCACCGGCAGUACCGUAGCCAGUGCGAGGAGGAUGCCAACUCUUGGCGCGGAGAUACGACUACCGGUACUCAAGAACCGGUGCUCGUCUCCGAGCCAGGAAUUGGCACCCCUUCGCCCGUUCUCCAGGCCUAAAAUACCGGUGGCUAUUCCGGAAACGGUGCCAAUUCUUGGCGCGGAUCCAUGAAGACCGGUGUGAUGGAGUCUUGGACGGGGAAAUCGUCACUUUUGGUUUACCUCUCGGCAAACUGUAGCAAACUGUACGAGUAUUAGACCGUGGAAAACACUGCACCGGUGGCCGAGGACCGGGAAGCUCACCGUGAGCCAAGAGGUAAGCCGAAAGUGACGGCUGUUCCACAAUAGACCCCAGUUGCCCAGUGCGGAGGAGGAAAAAUGGAUUCCUUAGCUGCAUAGUAUCAAUGUGCAGACAAGACAAGACGGGUUCGGCCUGGUCUGGCUUUGUUCGGAAAAAGAGGUCCUUUUUUCUCCCUUCUCACAAGUGACAGGGCCAAGUUGGCUGCGAUGAGACCAGGAGGCCCC